AUGAAUAAUCUAUCCCAUUACCAUUUAGGCUACUUCCUUGAGGACUGCAUUCAAAUGACAGAUUUUGUACCACUACCCAAAGUAGCUGACUCAGAGAAGCGAGGUGGAAAGAAAGCAUCUCUGGAGGAUAAGGAUUCGAUCAUAAAUGUCGAUGCGGAUGAUGAAAAUUGCAACCUCAUCUGUUCUUCCAAUUACCCACCCUCUGUGCUUGAAGUGAUGCGUCAACUUCCCGAGAAAGAGAUAUCUUUUCCACUGGUUGGGCGCCUACUUGAGUAUAUUUGCGACUUGAGGAUUGAUGGAGCAGUGUUGAUCUUCCUACCCGGUUGGAAUACAAUCAGUCUACUACGAAAGUACCUCGAGAGUCAUCCUCGUUUUGGAAAGUCCCGUGAUUUUCUUAUCCUCCCCCUUCACUCCCAAGUUCCUCGGGAGGAUCAAAAACUUGUUUUCAGACCUGCUCCUCGAGGAGCCAGAAAGAUUGUCCUUUCUACGAAUAUAUCAGAAUCCUCGGUCACGAUUAACGAUGUGGUGUUUGUAAUUGAUUCCUGUCUGGCACGAGUUAAGAUGUUCACAGUUCGAAACAAUAUGACGAGUUUUUCCACAGUAUGGGCCAGCAGAACUAAUCUCGAGCAACGUAGAGGUCGGGCGGGUCGUGUAAGAGAAGGUUUCGCUUUUCACCUAUGCAGUCGAGCUCGCUUUGAUCGUCUUGAACCUCACAUAACUCCAGAGAUCUUGAGAACACCCCUCCACGAACUUGCUCUCAUGAUUAAACUUCUUCGACUUGGGGAUAUUCAGGAGUUCCUGCGCAAGGCGAUGAUCUCCCCACCCAUGGAUGCGGUGAUUGAAGCUGAACACAACCUCCGAGAGAUGAAAGCCCUAGAUACUAAUGAUGAGUUGACCCCGCUGGGUAUGAUUCUCGCCAGGCUUCCUAUGGAACCUCGCCUUGGACGCAUGCUCGUCUUCUCCUGUGCAUUCGACUUGGGAGGCGCAAUGUCAGUUAUUGCCACUCAGGCAUCCUUUGACAGUGAGGUCUUUGUUAUGCAGCCGAGUCAUAAACGCCUUUCCUGGAAACAAGUGCGAUUUUCAGCAUCUACUCAUUCAGAUCACCUGGCAAUGUUGAAUGCCUUCCAGUUGUGGGCUUCUAUACGGUUCAGCAAAGGUGAGGAGGAAGCGGCAUUUUUCUGCGAAGAUCGAGAAUUGAACGAGUUCUCAUUCAAGAUGAUAGAUGAUGCUGCUAGUCAGAUUAGGAAUAUCCUCUUGAGUCUGAACUUCCCCGAGUCCGUACUCUUCACUCCUCCCAUUAAGUUCCACGAUGGCGAUUCGCGCAAAUUCGAUUUUAUUGCCGCAAUGCUCACAAAUGGUCUUUAUCCCAAUAUAGCCUAUCAUGUAGAUGCUCGAAAACUACUUACUGCCGAGGGGAAAUUCGCCCUAAUUCACAAGGGUUCGGUGAACUGUGUAAAGGACACCAAACCCACUUUCCCAUUUUUCACCUUCACUGAAAAGAUUCGAACCCAGACCAUUAACUGUAAGUCGUUGACGAUGAUAUCACCUAUCCAUCUUCUUCUGUUUGGGUGUCGACGAGGGAUCUGGUUGAGCACACCGCAGAAUACUACGGAUUCGGACGAGGGCAUUGUCAUGAUUGACGACUGGCUCCCUAUAAGAAUUCGCUACAGCACUGCGGCGAGAAUUUUUGCUCUUCGUCCCGCGCUAGAUGCUCUGCUGGUAAAGGUUUGCUUGGAACCCUCGUGUCUACAAUCUCCAAGCGAAUCUGAUGCCGCCUUGAUUGAACUCACAAAGGCUCUCUGCAGUCGUAGUGCUCUCCCAACUGCCCAGUUGCAUCAGGAUGAAUGCCACUUUGACAAUGAUGAUGUACAUCCACAAAUCUAUCGAACCCUACCACCUACAGCUGGGAUUCACAUGCAGAGGCCAAAAUGGCGACAAGAAGAAGAGACAGCAAUUGUCGCCAAGGAAUCUCAAGCCAAUCUUCGUGAAGGGGGUCCCCUUGAUAGAAGCAGCGGAGAAGAUUCCUCUAGAAGAGAACCACCAAUGAGAGAUAGUUUUCAUUUGAGUACAUACUGCUCAUCACAACAAAUGGAUCCCCCUGUUCCUCAUCAUGUAAAUCGUGGAACAAAGAGAGCCUAUCCAUUCACAUCUCAGACCCCUGAGGAAUCUCCUGCCUUUGACCGUCAGAGGGAAUUCUAUGACCGUUUUGGUGGUGGUCCGCCUCCUCUUAUUCCUAUCAAUAAUCGUGCUCCCCCUCCACGGUAUUAUUACUCACUACCGCCGGUGAAUCAUCUGCCAUCGCAGCGAGUACCAUACAUGUCUAGAAACCCUCCUCUAUCUCGGAUACCAUCAUCAUCACAAUCACUGCCAAUUCCAAACCAUCAGUGGGGAACUAAUUGGAAACCACCGUAUCAUCAUUAUUGA